GAACAGCUGGACAUGUUAAAUAGGGACUUUACGCUUUCUGGCUCGCUGGUGAUUUUUUUCUCCUCAUCUUAUGCUGCCUGGAACCAUGUGAUUUUGCUGCGAACGAACGAGAUACAUCUGUUGCUAAAUUUAGAAGAUGGACAUGUGCCCAGAAAGGCUGCGUUACGAGCUUUUGGCGGAGGUUGGUGAAGGCUCAUUUGGGAAAGUCUACAAAGCCAGAGAGGUUGGGGAGAAACGGCGCCUCCUGGCGGUGAAGAAGUUCAACUUCAGCAUGAGCCCGCAGGAGGCCGGAAUCCCUCCCUCCAUGAUCCGAGAGGUGGCGCUGCUGCGCAAAGUGGGACACUUCAAUCACCCAAACAUAGUCAAGCUCUUAGAUGCAUCUGCUGAAUCCGUUGGCUCAGCCCUGGACCUCACUUUGGUGCUGGAAUACAUUGACCAGGACCUGUCCACAUUCCUGUCCAAGGCUCCUGCUUGUGGUCUGAGUCGUGAUCUGGUAAAGGAUGUGAUGCAGCAGCUCCUUCAAGGUCUGGACUUCUUGCACACAAACCUUGUCCUGCAUCGAGACUUAAAACCGGCGAACAUCCUAGUCAGCAAUCAUGGCGAGAUCAAGAUUGCAGACUUUGGACUGGCAAGGAUUCACACCUUUAACAUCGCUCUUACGCCUGGUGUCGUAACCUUGUGGUACCGAGCGCCGGAAGUGUUGCUGAACACAGCUUACAUGUCGUCAGUGGACAUGUGGAGUGCUGGCUGCAUCUUUGCUGAGCUUUUCCUUUUGAGGCCGUUGUUUAAGGGCUACUCAGAGGUGCAGCAGCUACAAAAAAUCUUUGAGGUGAUUGGUUUACCCAGUGAGGAGGAGUGGCCUCAGGAAAGCCCGAUCUCUUACUCUGAAAGCCUGGGGCCGAGGGGCUCCGUCACCAAGCUGCUGCCAAACCUGGACCAAGAUGAGAACGAUCUGCUCUUUCGCUGUUUGUCAUUCGAUCCAAGCCGUCGCAUCUCCGCCGCUAACGCCUUGGCUCACCCUUUCUUCAUGAAGCUUUGAAGAUUUCAGCUGAACGAGGAACCCGAGCUGCUGUUAUCCUGUGAUUAUAGAUGUCUAACAAAGAGACCAGCGUUUGUGCCAUAAAAUCCAUAAAUCCACUGUCCUCUUUGCUCAGACUGUUAAAGUUUUCAGAAGUUUAAAUCAGCAGCAUCAUGAGAAACCAUGAUCAGUGUGCGGACGGGGAACAGCCUGCAACAGCACAAUUGUCUUUAGAAGAGUGAGAUUUAUUUUUCUCAAAUUCAAACACCUUUUUUCUUUUAAACCUUAUUGAAUUCCAUACAGCGGGGGAAUGGUCUGAGUUUUAGUUUGGUUUUUGCUCUGUUCUCACUCAACGUAAGCCUUCUGUGUAAAGUUUGUAAAGUUGGAUGUAUGGAUUUUUUUUGUUGUUGAAUGCUGCUAAAAAAAACACUAUGAGCACCUUUAAGUUGAUUCUGUUUACUGGAGAUUUAUGUUUCAAUGCAGCACUUUAUAUAUGUCAUCCAUUGUUUAGAGGACUUGUAUGGUGUAAUGGAUGCAGAUUGCACCUGUUUUUACUUUUCUUUUUGUACAUUUUGAUAAGUAUGUUUAGGUCUUUUUGAGUU